AUGGCAGCCAAUGCAAGCGCCGUACAUAGUGUACGCUCGAACCGACCCUCAAAUAUCGGUCCCUCCGGCAUGAACAGCGAGCGGACGCGGGCGUCUCAUCAUACAGGGGUGGGGAAGAGUUUUGGUGGUGCCAAGGGUGGUUGGAACAGCAACAUCUGGGGAGAUAGCAGCCUCGGCAACGGUUUUGCUGAAGGUAGGGGAAUGCCCCUUGAGAGAAGUCUCGAUGGGGAAGGUGUGACUAACAGGUGGAAUCUAGAGCAACACAUCUCCCCGGAAAAUGCUUUUGAGGGGAAAUCGGGAUCGGGAUCCCUGUUGCCCUCAUCCGAGUCCGACGCUUGGUCUGGUCGUCCGACCAUGCCCUGGAACACAGUGAGUUCCACAUCAUCGUCCCUGUCGAUGGGUCAUGGAAAAGGUAUGACGACCUCGCCUGUCCAAUCUCGCCCCAGCGACCGCAGUGCCCCGGCUCUCACAGAAGCUGGUGAUACAACAUCGUAUUUUGCACUUCCACGAUCGUCAGGAAUCGGUACUUCAGCCGGCAUCGUCAGUCAUAAAACCUAUCUGAACUCGGCCACAGACGCAAUUUCACCAUCAACGGACUCCAUCUCCUUUGGCAGCUUUGGUGGAUUCAAGAAUGCAGAUGGUCGGCGCCAGAUCAGCUCUUCAGCAUUUGCAACAAGCCCUGUCGGUACAGGAUUCCCGACGAAAGCAGGAUUCCCUACCUCUCUAGACGGACAACGAUCAGAGGAGAUUGUCGGCACUAUGGGCAUGUCGUCUUUGUCACAGACUGUCCCGGAUACGUUUGCCAAUCCAGCAGGCCGGACACCGUAUACGCACCUGUCCCACAAUUCAGCUUCCUACGCGGCGCAAAGGCCAGUUCACUCCUCUCACCCGUCAUUUCACUCAGAAAGCCAAGGGUUCGAGGGUCGUUACAGUAAUGGCCAGGUCGAUAUUAAUGCCGGCCUGACCAGGCUGCAACUCAGCGAUGGUGGCUACGUAUCCCAGCAGAUCUCUCAGCGACCAUCUUACCUGCCUUCUUCCUCGUUCGAGGGGUCACUCAACCGGCUCAAGUUUCAGGGUGCAGCCGAAGAAAGCAACUAUCAGGCUGUCCCUGGUUAUGCAAACGAUGCAGCUUCUGAAUUGCAGCUGGCGUACGCUGCCAGCAAAUCGAGGGUUGGGGACUCCACCCCGAUCUCUCCUUCGGAAUACAGCCGCAUGGGUUCCCCUUUCUAUACGACGGUCGAUAACCCAUCCGUACCGACGACCCAGCUUCGAAAUGGCGCUACAGGUCGUUACCCAGAGACCCAGAGUGCUACUCUCGACAGAAAAUUGCGAGCCAUACAGCCCGACGAUUAUAGCCAAGUCUCCGCCAACUCUGCUCACCGCCUCCAAUUCCCGCCAGCAUAUGAUUUCGCAGGAUACCAGGCGGCGAGGUUGAAUGCGCUCUCUGGAUUCUAUCCUAUGUCCCAUCUGGGCGGUCUCAGUCCGGCCACGAUGGUUGCCAGAGGUCAUCGGGACCAUGACUCAUCACAGAUCGUUCGCAGCCCUCUCCUGGAAGAGUUCAGAGCGAACAGCAAGGGCAAUAAGCGAUACGAGCUCAAGGAUAUUUACAACCAUGUUGUAGAGUUUAGUGGCGAUCAACACGGUUCCAGGUUCAUCCAGCAAAAGCUGGAGACUGCUAACAGUGAUGAGAAAGAGCAAGUCUUCAGGGAAAUCCAGCCAAACUGCUUGCAGUUGAUGACGGAUGUCUUUGGCAACUACGUCGUACAGAAGCUCUUCGAGCAUGGAAACCAGUCGCAGAAAAAGCUUCUGGCGAACCAGAUGAAGGGCCACGUUCUUGCCCUGUCGACACAGAUGUAUGGCUGUCGUGUAGUUCAGAAGGCGCUGGAACAUAUUCUCACUGACCAGCAAGCCAUGAUGGUGAAAGAACUGGAAAACCAUGUUCUCAAAUGCGUGAGAGACCAGAAUGGCAACCAUGUCAUUCAAAAGGCCAUUGAACGUGUACCAUCUCAAUAUGUACAGUUCAUCAUCAAUGCCUUCAAGGGGCAGGUCAGCCGGCUGGCGGCUCACCCUUAUGGGUGCCGUGUAAUCCAACGAAUGUUGGAGCACUGUGAAGAGGUGGAUCGGGAGUCUAUCCUUGCUGAGCUUCAUGCAUGCACACCCAAUCUGAUCCCUGACCAAUUCGGCAAUUAUGUUAUUCAGCAUGUGAUUGAGAAUGGAGAGGAAAAGGAUCGAUCUGUGAUGGUCAAUGUCGUGAUCUCCCAGCUCCUGGUUUACUCCAAGCACAAAUUCGCCAGUAACGUUGUCGAGAAGAGCAUUGAGUUCGGCGAGACCAACCAGCGCCGCCACAUCAUCCAGAUGUUGACCUUGCCCAACGAGCGAGGCGAAAGCCCUCUCCUUGGUUUGAUGCGUGACCAGUAUGGCAACUAUGUUAUUCAGAAAGUUCUUGGGCAGCUUAAGGGAGCGGAGAGGGAAGCUCUUAUCGACCAGAUCAAGCCGAUGCUCAGCCAACUGAAGAAAUUCAGCUACGGGAAGCAAAUCGUGGCCAUCGAGAAACUCAUAUUUGAUCCCAAUUCCCCCAUGAGUGCUCCACCGGCUGGUGCCAUAUCCUCGACAACGCCGCCCAACUCCCAUAAAUCCUCUCCGCAGCCUUCCCGACGUUCGCUGACUGGGCUGGACCAUUGUCGAGGCCCUCUAGUCGGCGCCGCCCCGCCUACCCCCCCACCGACCGACAGCCAAAGCGCUGUUGAGGGUUCUGUAGAGCCCAAGGGCCUUGCUGAUACCACUGUGACACCUGUUCCUGAUCCUGAGGCUGCUAGCACUGGUGCUGUGGUCUCGGUGUCAGCGGCUAAUUCUAGCGCGUGA